AUGCUUCGAAUUUCGAGUCGUUUCCGUGCUUGUUUUGAUCGUUCACCGGGCAAGUUCUUUCUCCUUGGCAUCAUCACCAUUGCUCUCUGCUUUGCCUUUGGAAACGUCGCCCGCGAUGCUGCCUUGGACACCGUCUACGCGCAGCUACAUAUCAACGAGUCUCUCAGAGCUAUAUUGAGGACAUCAAAGUAUUACCAACGAAAUCCCAUCAAGCCACCAUAUAAGGACCAGUUCUGGGAAACUGGACAGCGAUCGCGGAACUUGAGUCGAUGGAUCAGCGAUGUCGAUGGACCAUUGGGAUCCGAGCUGAGUGAUCAUGAGAAAGAGAUGCUGCUUUCAGCUAUCGAGACGACGGCCGGCUCCCUCUUUCCGUUUCUCAACCCAGCACCUGGAGAAAAGGGCUCCAAAACACCUCUGGGAGACCUGCGACGCUCUUUCACCAAAGGCUCAAGGGGCAUCGUGAUACCUGCUGGAGGGAGCGAAUUACAAAUCAGGUUCACGGGACAUUUGAUAUCAGCUCUCAGAGACGUGCUUGGCUGCUCAUUACCAAUUCAGCUGGCCUAUGCUGGAGAUGGAGACCUGCCCGACUAUCGCCGCGAUGCCCUGCUGUCCCUCGACAAGACGAACAACACCGAACUGCUGAAUGUGUGGACGGCAUUCGACGAUACUACCCUUCGUCUUCGGAGAAAAGGAUGGGCCAUCAAGCCGUUUGCUGCUCUAGCAUCGCGAUUCGAACAUGUCAUUGUCGUCGACGCCGAUGCCGUUUUCCUCCAGUCCCCCGAAGUGCUCUUUGAGCAGCGGGCUUACGUCGACAACGGAGCUUACCUCUUUCACGAUCGACUGCUAUGGCAGCAUGCGUUCCAAGGCAGACACGACUGGUGGAGAGACCAGAUCAAGGAGCCGUCACCGGCGAUGAACAAGUCUCUCGUGUGGACGCAAGACUACGCUGAGGAAUGCGAUUCAGGGGUCGUGGUGCUGGACAAGUCUCGAACAGAAGUCUUGGUUGGCCUGCUGCAUAUUGCCUGGCAGAAUACAAACGACGUGCGGGACGAGGUUUCAUACAAGAUGACGUAUGGAGAUAAGGAGACGUGGUGGCUUGGGCUGGAGCUUGCGGGAUCAAAGUAUGAGUUUGAGAAGCACUACGGUUCGAUUGUCGGGUGGGAGAAGGAGGGGGAUUCGGAGAGCGAGGCUGUGUGCAGCUUUGUGAUUGCGCAUACGGACGAAGAGGACAAGUUGCUGUGGUAUAAUGGCAGUCUGUUGAAGAACAAACUGGUUGAUCCUUAUGGGUAUGAGGUUCCGCUGUACUGGAUGAUGGAUGGAGAGUGGAACAAGGGAGGGAAGAAGGAGAUGAGUUGCAUGGUGAAGGGGAAGAGGAGGUGGUUGAAUGGGGAUGAGAUAUCCAUGCUGCAGAGAAGCAUUGAUGCGGCUAUUGGGGUGGAUGGAGUCUUGGCCAGGGCUGAAGCCGAGUCAUUAGCCAAGGCCAAGGCCAAAGCUCAAGCUGAGGCAGAAGCCGAAGCCGAAGAUGCUUGA